AAAAAACUAAAAGUGUAAAUGAAAAAACCUAGUAAUGGUAGAAAACAGGCACAACUGCACAAGUCCUUCACUUUUGAACUGUCUUUUGAAGAUUUUGUAUGUAAUCCAGCACAAAAGGGCAUUGAAUAACACUCUAUCAUCUUCAUCGCUUAACUCUUUAAUCCAUAUGGCUGGACGUUCAUGGCUGGUUGAUGGCAACAGAUUUGCUACAAAAAUAAAGUGUGCAUCUGGGAGUUGCGAUUUAGGAAAUAUAAAGUGGAAAAGCAACCCAACUAGAUCGUGUCCCAACUGCCACCAUACUAUUGACAACAAUGAUGUUGGACAGGAGUGGCCAGGAUUACCUAGAGGAGUAAAAUUUGAUCCUACUGACCAGGAGAUCACCCAACAUUUACUUGCAAAAUCUGGCAUUGGAGACGAGGCACCACAUCCUUUCAUUGAUGAGUUUAUCCCGACUGUUGAUGAAGACGAUGGAAUUUGUUACACUCAUCCUGAGAAUCUACCAGGUGUAAAGCGAGAUGGAAGUGCAUCUCACUUCUUUCAUAGAGCUAUCAAGGCUUACAACACAGGUACACGAAAGCGCCGGAAAAUUCAUGGUAAUAAUUUAGGUGACGUUCGUUGGCAUAAGACUGGCCGGACUAAGCCAGUGCUUCUGAACGGGGAACAAAAGGGAUGCAAGAAAAUAAUGGUUUUGUACGUCGCUGUGAAAGGUGGCAAGCCAGAGAAAACAAAUUGGGUCAUGCAUCAGUACCACCUAGGUAUAGAGGAGGAUGAGAAAGAUGGAUCACAUGUGAUUUCAAAAGUCUUCUAUCAGCAGCAGCAGCUGGUGAAACAAAGUGAGAAGACUACCGGGUAUAUAUCUGAUGUGGCAGAGGACUCAGUUGUUAAAGUAGAUCCUGUAACUCCAAAAUCUGUCACCCCUGAUCCUCCUCGAAAUGAAAUGCGACUUCACACAAAAAAUGAUAUCUCAUCCGUUAACUGCAACUCUGGUGCCCAGGACCGUGAGAUGGGAUUUGCUGAUGAAGUGCAACAAGAAAUAACUAUAUCAUCAGGCGUAAAUGAUAGCAUAAAAGAUGACUGCAUUGAUAUCACUUCACAGGACCCAGUUCUGGAACAUGGUGACAACACGGUUGAGGAAGAAAAGUGGUGGGACAGCGAGUCACAGUAUCUGCUAAAUUCCCAACAACUUGUGGAAGGGCUAUCUCUGUGUGACGAGCUCCUUCAAAGCCAGUCUCCGAACAGAAAUGGAAGUACAAAUACAGAUGAUGUAGCGAAGAAGAGAUAUGUUCUUUCAGAGUAUGCUCGUUUGGGACCUGACGAUCUGAAAAAGGAUCUGGAAGAUUGCCAGAAUCUGGUUCUUGAUCCUGCAAACAUAGAUUUAGAUACACCUCCUGAUUUCAGAUUAAGCCAGCUGGAAUUUGGAUCACAAGAUAGUUAUUCUGCAUGGGGAUUAGGCAAGACGACUGACUAAGGAUGGAGGUGUUAGGUGCCACUGUGUUCGAGCAAGUUUUUGUUUUGACUCUACAAGGGGCAUGGCUUGAUAAACUUGUAGGUAACAUCUGAUGCAGCUUUUUAAUUUUGUAUAGCGCGCCCUCCUUUUAGGAUCAGUUUAUACUCAGCUUCCCUACGUUGUAAUAGCAAGUGUGCUUGUCAUCUUGUUUUUGUGAAUGUGAUAGGGUAUUUUGUAAGGAUCUGAGCUUGCUUACAUGCUAUUAAACACAAUAUCGUCCAUUUUCUGAUUUAGACAUGAUAAUGUAAAACUCCAUUGUUACACGAAAUAGAUGUUGGUGAGACAGGUGGGUCA